AUGAUCCGACAACCCAGUAGUGUGAUCAUCGCUGGCCCGUCGGGCAGUGGCAAGAGCGAGUUGGUGGAACAAUGGUUACGAUAUCUCAACGUCUUUCAAGUCAAACCCAAAAAGAUCGUCUAUGCCUAUGAUCGCUGGCAACCCCGAUUCGACCGUAUGCAACAAAAGGAUGGGAUUCAGUUUCAUCGCGGGUUACCGGACCCCCGUCAUUUGAUCCAAUGGUUUGGUCGGACGCGCGGAGGGGUGUUGGUCUUGGAUGAUCUGAUGGAAGAAGGGGGACAAGACAAGCGCGUGUUGGAUUUGUUCAUCAAAAAUUCUCAUCAUCGCAACAUCACUGCGCUGUAUUUGACGCAAGAUUUAUUCUCGACUGGCAAAUUUUCCAAUCGCAAUCCAAUCAAUCGCAACGCGCAUUACAUCGUGGCGUUCAAAAACCCCCGGGAUCAAACGGGCAUACGGACCAUUUUACUGCAAGCCUUUCCUGACCGGUGGCGCCAAGUCUUGCGCCUAUUUAAACGCAUCACGUCCCGCCUCUUUGGCUAUUUGAUGUUGGAUGUGCAUCCUGCGUCGGAUGAUCGCUACCGCCUGUGGAGUCAUUUAACGCCCCGAGAAGGCAAGGCGCAAGUCCACACCCUGCCCCUGGAUGUCCCUGCCGUUCGACAACGAACUGCAACGAGAACUCGCAAGGGUCCGCCGGCAAAGAGAAGGCGGACAACAUACUGACUUAGCAGCCCGCAUGGACACCUCGACCCUCUCGCCCGCCGGCGUGGGCUCCCCACACCCCCCUCCAGGACCUCAGCAGCAUGACGGACAUGGUGACCGAAUUGACUCGACCGGUGGAUCGUACCCAAUUGGAUCAAGAGAUUGAGACUUUCAAUUUGACCUACCCGGUCAAUGUGGAUGAUGCCUUGAAUGCGUUUACGUUACCGCCCGUGGCAGGCAGAGGCACCGCCCCCGCCAGCACCACCACGGCACCUCCAGCGCCACCACCCUCCAUCACCACCGCCCCCACCACCACGGCCACUCAAACCCGUCCUACCACGUCGACCCGAACACGCCCCACGACCACGACCAGCCGACCGCGACCCGUCACCUCCACCCGAACACGCCCCCUUACCACCGCCACGACCACCACCGCUCCCUCGCGCCCCCUUACCGCUCGCCGCAGCGCCGGGGCAAGGACCAGGACCACCACCUCGACGGUGACGACCCCCAGUGGACGCUCCACCAUCACCGCCAAACAACAGCGACGACGUCCCCGCGUGCCCUCCCCUCCGUCCCCUGAUUCGUCCCCUCCUUCGUCGGAGGACGAUGACAAGGAUGACGACGAGGAUCGACGGCGGGGAUUAAGGCAACGGUUGGAUUUGCUCAAUGAAGAUGCUCAACAACGUGCUCGGGGCAGACGUAUUCGCAACAUCACGCACACCAUUACAGUGACCACGGUCUACGAAGAUGGGGAGGGCGACCUUCCGUGCACCGCACCUCCACCCGAACGUCCAGCCCAAGUCCACCACGGCCACCACGCCGAGGACGGGGCCGUGGCCGAGCACGCGGACGGGGUCGACGCCCGUGAAAAAGAUAUAAAAACAGCUUCCUUCCUCCCACCGUCCUAGUACCAUGUGUGGCCGUUGUCGAAACGCGAUGGCCCCUAGACGGAAACGCAAACGCACCACGACUCGACGUCGACCACGGCGUGUGACCUACAGUCAAGUGGGGGGUGUCGGGGUCGGUCUGCCUGUAGGGAUUCUUAAAGCUGGCUAUGGGAUCACCAAAGCGAUAGGGGAUCAUCAAACCAAGCGUGCAAUCAAAAUUGGCGAAAAACGCCGACGGGAAGUAGCCUCAGGCAAACGGAAACGCUAUGCGGGGAAUCAUUUAAUUGUUCGAUCAUGUGAAAAAAAUAGUAUAUAAAGGCAAGAGACUCCUCCGUCCGUCCUCCGUCGGACAGUCAAGCGAUCAUCAUGCACUGUGGUCAACGACGACGAAAACGACGCCGAAAGCAACGAGGGGGCAUUCUCCCGUUCCUCAUCCCCGCUGCCAUCGCUCUUGGCAAGGCGGCGGUCACUGGGGCCGUCAGCGGAGCUGCGGGCUAUGGCGCCAAAAAAGCCAUCCAAGCAGCGACACGCAAGAAAAAAGUGGAAAAGAUCAGUGCAGCGCAAUGGGCGGCCAAUAAACGACGGGUCCGGCGGAUAUUAAGUCGAACGGGUUUACCUCCGUUGCGGACUCUAGGGAUGGUAUAAAAGAAACGUCUGGUUGGAAACAAGACUCCAAUUGAGGAUGGUCCGUGGACCCAAUGGACGCCGACAUCGUUAUGUCCCCCGAAUACGACGCCGUCGACGUGGAUUGCAACGUGGAGGCGUGCUCCCCAUGUUGGGAGUGGCUCUCUCGCCUUGGGCGUUCAAGAAGAAGAAACGGCAGGCGCGCCGACGCUAAAGUGACCAAGAAAAGAAAAGCCGUCACGUUUGCUUUGGACUGGGACGAACAGUAUGAAGCGGUCCUGUGUUCACGGUGUCGAGAUCACAUGCAAACGCAUUAUCAUGGCGAAUUCUGUGGCAGGUGUGGAGCCAUUUUUACCAUAAAUAGACCUUGGUCGUUGCCUGAACUCAAGAUUCAUCAUGGAGUGGCGCAUGGAACGUCAAGCCCCGUUCUUGAAAAGUGUCUUACAAGAAGCCAAUCAACACAAACGACAAGAAUUGUUGUGGAUGGCGAAUGCGGAUCAGAUCAAUGCUAUCAGUGAAUUGGUGAUGAACACCCUCCGUGGCACGGUGCCCCGUUCCCGACACACCAUUACGUUGCUCAAACCCCACGCACAGAGCUUACGUGCCAUGGCCAAACUCGCCCAUUCCGUCAAACGACGACGCGCCAUCAUGAUGGCUCAAAAAGGGGGCGCCCUCUAGCCUGAACUCUACCGAUGUUAUAAACGUUGCAUGCGUUAGACAAGACACCUCAGUUGCACCAUGGAACCCGAGAUGGUGAGCACCACGGUGGACAACGCCCCUGCUUUUUUACAAUUACGAGACAAGUACAAACAAGAAUUGGUGGAAGAUACCCGCUUGACCAAAGCCGCCGAUUUAGCGGCCAAACAACAUGUGCUCCUGAUCAGCGAUGCCCCCGAUGCUUGGAAACGGCCUCAACUCAAAGCCGUGAGCCGUCAAUUACGCCAUUGGACCAAAAAAGGUCGCCAACCGUUUGGGGCCCCGACCGGUGGUGUGAGCGCGACAGGGGCCACGACCCCUGGCGACGAUGAUUUUGAGGCGGGCCCAAUGCAGGCGUGGUUCACGCAAUUGGUCAAGGCGACCCAGGGUAUAAAACAAGGGUCUACGCCUGUAGGGCCCAGAAAACCACCUGUCCCGCCCAAACCGGACAUCACCCCCAGUGCCAAAAAGAAACUCAAGUUUACGCCCCAACCGAGCAGCGCGGAGUUGGCGCACGAGUUGCCCUUUUCAGAAGAAGCUGGAACAGAGCCUUGGGAUACCCCCAGUGAACGUGUGGACUCCAUCAAGAAAGCGGUCAAGCGCGGGAUUCGCAAAAAAGCCGCUGGUGUCGCCAAAAAGAAAGCCGCAGGUCUGGCCAAGAAAGCGUUGGAUUGGAAAACGUGGAAAACCCCGUGA